CCUAUAUAUGCUGCAGUGGGUGAGCAGACCUCUGGUUCCUGGUCCUGAGGAAUCUGUCCCACCCACAAAGAUGUGGGUUCGAUUCCUCCUAGGAAUAUUGGCCCUAUUGCCAGCUGCAGCAGAAAAUCCCCUCCGAAACUACCUGGUGACAUUACCCGCCCAGCUUAAGUUCCCCUCUACUCAGAAGGUUUGUUUGGAUCUGAGCCCUGGGUACCAUAACGUAAAAUUCACUAUUACUCUGGAGACCAAAGGCAAAACCCACACAUUGCUAGAACACUAUGGAUUGAAGACGAGGCACUUACAUUGCAAGUCCUUUUUGCGCUCCCUUGUCUUGGCCAGGUACCACUUCCUUCUGGUGGCACAGAAGAAGUAGCCACAGUCCGGGUGAGAGGAACUGGAAAUAAAAUCAACUUUGAGGAGAAGAAAAUGGUUCUAAUUCAGAGGCAGCAGAAUGGCAUCUUUAUACAAACGGACAAACCUAUCUACAACCCGGGGCAGGAAGUGCAUUUCCGCAUUGUCACCCUCACCAGCAACUUUGUUCCAGUGAAUGACAAGUACUCCAUUGUGGAACUGCAAGAUCCAAAUAACAAUAGGAUUGCGCAGUGGCUCAACGUGGUGCCCAGGCAAGGCAUUGUAGAUCUGUCCUUCCAACUGGCACCAGAGGCGAUCCUGGGCACCUACAGCGUGGCCGUGGCUGAGGGCAAGACCUUUACCACCUUCAGCGUGGAAGAAUACGUGCUGCCUAAGUUUAAGGUGGAGGUGGUGGAACCCAAACAGUUAUCAACAUUGGAAGACUCUUUCUUAGUGAAGAUUUGUUGUAGGUACACCUAUGGAAAGCCCGUGCUAGGGGCAGUAAAGGCAUCAGUGUGUCAGAAGGCAUAUAAUUACCGGUUUCGAGAGCCAGAAGGCGAACACCUACCUGACAGAUGCAAUAAUAUCUCUGGACAGACUGACAAAUCAGGCUGCAUCUCAGCUUCUGUGUCCAUGUCCACCUUCAACCUCACUGGGUAUUCUUACAGACAUGACAUCAAUAUUGUGGCUACUGUGGUGGAGGAAGGGACAGGAGUGGAGGCCAAUACCACUCGGGAUAUCUACAUUUCUUCACAAGUGGGAUCCAUGACCUUUGAAGACACCAAUGAUUAUUAUUACCCUGAUUUCCCCUUCAGUGGGAAGAUAAGAGUUAGGGGCCAUGACGGCUCCCCGCUCAAGCAUCAUUCAGUGUUCCUGGUGAUUAAUGGGAUAAAUGGAAUCAUCCACAAGACCCUGACUACUGACAGCGAAGGCCUCGCUCACUUCAAGCUGGACACAGUUAAUUGGGACGGGAAAAGCAUUUCUCUGGAGGGCAAGUUCCAAAUGGAAGAAAUGGUAUAUAAUCCAGAACAAGUGCCUCGUUACUACAGCAAUGCCUACCUGCAUCUGCAGCCCUUCUACAACACAACUCGCAGCUUCCUUGGCAUCCAUAGGCCAACUGACAUCUUGAAAUGCGGCCGGCCCCAGGAGGUGCUGGUGGAUUACUAUAUCCAUCCAGCUGAUGUGAAACAGGACCAGGAAAUCAUCUUCUCCUACUAUUUAAUAGGGAAAGGGAAUUUGCUGAUGGAGGGGCAGAAGCACCUGAAGUCUAAGAAGAAAGGACUGAAAGGCUCCUUCUCUCUUUCACUGACCUUCAACUCCAGACUAGCCCCUCACCCUUCCCUGGUGAUGUAUGCCAUUUUUCCCAGUGGAGGUGUUAUAGGGGACAAAAUUCAGUUCUCAGUGGAGAUGUGCUUUGACAAUCAGGUGUCCCUUGGCUUCUCACCUUCCCAGCAGCUUCCAGGAGCAGAUGUGGACCUGCAGCUGCAGGCGGCUCCCCGGUCCCUGUGUGCGGUCCGGGCCGUGGAUGAGAGUGUCUUGCUGCUUAGACCAGAGAGCGAGCUGAGCAACAGCUCUGUCUAUGGGAUGUUCCCAUUCUGGUAUGGUCACUACCCCUAUCAGGUGGCUGAAUAUGAUGAGUGUCCAGCGUUUGGCUCAUGGAACUCUCCACAGCCCCUCAUGGUUCCAGUGCCUGAGGAGCGUUGGGGCGGGCGUCCUGCCAUAUGGAGGCCUUGGUUCUCUGGAAGCACAGACCUUUUCCGUUUUUUCCAGGACGUGGGCCUGAAAAUACUGUCCAACGCCAAAAUCAAGAAGCCAAUAGAUUGCAGUCACCGCUCUUUAGAAUACAGCGUCGCACGGGGUGAAGGUUUCGGCUCUCCGAAGGCUUUCAAUCCAACUUCAUCAGUUCAGUCAGAGGAUUCUCAUGUUCGCCAGUACUUCCCUGAGACUUGGAUCUGGGAUCUGUUUCCUGUUGGUAACUCAGGGAAGGAGUCCAUCCGUGUCACCGUUCCUGAUACCAUCACCACAUGGAAGGCCAUGACUUUUUGCACCUCCCAGUCCAGAGGCUUUGGUCUUUCACCCACUGUUGGACUCACUGCCUUCAAGCCAUUCUUUGUUGAUCUGACUCUCCCUUACUCAGUAGUUCGUGGAGAAUCCUUUCGUCUUACUGCCACCAUCUUCAAUUAUCUGAAGCAGUGCAUCAGGGUUCAGACUAACCUGGCUAAAUCAGAGGAGUACCAGGUGGAAUCACAGAUAGACUCUGAGGCCUCCAGCUGUCUCUGUGCUGAUGAAUCAAAAUCCUAUCACUGGACUAUCACAGCUGUCAAACUGGGUCAUGUAAACUUCACUAUCAGCACUAAGAUUCUGGACAGCAAUGAGCUCUGUGGGGACCAGAAAGGGUUUGUUCCAAGAACGGGCCGGAGUGACACACUCAUCAAACCAGUUCUGGUCAAGCCGGAAGGAGUCCUUGUGGAGAAGACACACAGCUCACUGUUGUGCCCAAAAGGAAAAGUGGCCUCAGAAUCCAUCACCCUGGAGGUCCCUGACGAUGUGGUUCCUGAUUCGACCAAGGCUUAUGUUACUGUUCUGGGGGACAUCAUGGGCACAGCCCUGCAGAACCUGGACAGUCUGGUACAGAUGCCAAGCGGCUGUGGGGAGCAGAACAUGGUCUUGUUUGCUCCCAUCAUUUACGUCUGGCAGUACCUGGAGAAGACAGGGCUGCUGACUGAGGAAAUCAGGUCUCGAGCAGUGGGUUUCCUGAAGCUGGGGUACCAGAGGGAGCUGAUGUACAAACACAGCAAUGGCUCCUACAGUGCCUUUGGGGAACAGGAUGAAAAUGGAAACACAUGGCUGACAGCCUUUGUCACCAAAUGCUUUGGCCAGGCUCAGAAAAUCAUCUUCAUUGAUGACAAGAACGUCCAGGAUGCUCUCAAGUGGAUGGCAGGAAACCAGCUCCCCAGCGGCUGCUAUGCCAACGUGGGAAAACUCUUACACACGGCUAUGAAGGGUGGAGUUGAUGACGAGGUCUCCUUAACUGCCUACAUCACAGCUGCGUUGCUGGAGAUGGGAAAGACCACAGAUGACCCAAUGGUGAGUCAGGGUCUGCAGUGUCUCAAGAAGUCUGUUUCCUCCACCACCAACCUCUACACACAGGCCCUACUAGCUUAUACGUUCUCUCUGGCUGAGGAAAUGGACAUCAGAAAUAGUCUUCUUGAAAAACUAGAUCAACAGGCGAUUGCCUCAGGAGAGUCCAUUCACUGGAGCCACAAACCUGAUCGGCCAUCGGAUGCCAGCCCUUGGUCUGAGCCUGAGCCUGUAGAUGUGGAACUUACAGCAUAUAUAUUGUUGACCUGGCUUACCAAAGCCGACCUGACUCAAGAGGAGUUGGCCAAGGCCACUGGCAUAGUGGCUUGGUUGGCCAAGCAGAGAAAUGCAUAUGGAGGCUUCUCUUCCACUCAGGACACCGUAGUUGCUCUCCAAGCUCUUGCCAAGUAUGCUGCUACUGCUUAUGUGGCAUCUGAGGAGGUCAGCCUGACUGUAAAAUCCGCCCAGAAUUUCCAGCGCACUUUCAGUGUCCAAGCUGCCAACCGGUUGGUGUUUCAGCAGGAGACUCUGCCCGAUAUCCCCGGGGUGUACACCUUGGAGGCCUCGGGCCAGGGCUGUGUCUAUGUGCAGAUGGUGCUGAGAUAUAAUAUUCUCCCUCCUAAGAGUGUGGAGGCCUUUAGUCUCAGUGUGGAAGUAGGCAAAGCUGGGUGUGAGCAAGCUACUUCACCUCGAUCCUUGACUCUGACGAUCCACACCAGUUACGUGGGGAGUCGCAGCUCUUCCAAUAUGGCUAUUGUGGAAGUAAAGAUGCUUUCCGGGUUCAGUCCUAUGGAGGGCACCAAUCAGUUACUUAUCUGGCAACCACUGGUGAAGAAGGUUGAAUCUGGAACUGACACACUCAACAUCUACUUGGAAGAGCUCAGUAAGGAGACUCAGACCUAUACCUUCACCAUCAGCCAAAGCGUGUUGGUCACCAACCUCAAACCAGCAACCAUCAAAGUCUACGACUACUACCUGCCAGAUGAACAGGCAACAAUUCAGUAUUCUGAUCCCUGUGAAUGAGGAUAGAAGAUAGAAAGAGACUAAAUGAAUCCUCCAUGACAUUAUUGGACAACAUUCUUCUGUCUCUGAAAGCAGAACUCAUUCAAUCAAACAAUUUGAUUUCUCUUGUUAAAAAGCACAAAGCAACCAAGUAAAAUUGAAGAUUGAAUUGACUCUGUUAGGUGAUUCAUAAAUUGGGCAGCGUUUCAUUUGGCAACCAGAAGGGUGCUCCAAAGGGUUGUACAAAAGGGAAGGUUUUUAUAGGAAAAAGGGUUGGGCAAGGGAGCUAUUAGCAAAAGAAAAGAAUUAUUUUUUAGGUCAGGACAUCUUUUUUGGGAGGGGUGGGGAAGGGGAGGGGCAUGGCAAGGGUUUGCCAAGGGAAGAAGAUUGCCUGUUCUGCCUCUGGGGCAUGGAGAGGGCCCACAUGACUGAUGACCUCGUUGGUGCUGACCAGAAAACUCCGGACUGGUUGAUUAAGAUUACGUUCCUGGGGAAGGUCAAAAUGGCAAUUAGGUCAGGAAUUAAAUCUAGGUUUGGUAUCAGGGGCUUUAGCAAAAGUGACACCAUUUUGGGCCUGUGGUUUUUCCCUUUAACACUCUGACUAGUAAGCAGGUAACAGAUGGGCAGACCUGAACCUGUGACUUCACAGACGCAUGGGUGCCAGAAUAAAGGGCUGGGGGAGAUGGGUUAGGACGCAUCACACGAAGGAGGAAUUAUAUGGGAAAGCUCUUUGGGGUAGGGUCAUUGGCUUAACCAUUCUGUUGAGCCGUUUAGCGGACUCUCCAGAGAGGAGAUGGUGGUAGAGGGUGUCCCAGGGAAGAUACAAAUGUCUUCCUGGAGGUUACAUCUUCUAAGGGAAGACAUAAUUUAGGGCUUUAGGAAUAGAUGAAAAGAUUUUUUUCUUUUCUUUGAAAAGAAAAUCUGUGCAUAUUUCCAUGGAUACCAAAGGUUCUGUUUAAAGACGAUGAUCAUUCUUUAACAAAAACUCACGUUUUGGCUUCUUCCUUAAACCUUUUGACCCAGACUUCGCAAAGAAUCAAGUUAAGUAUUCAGAGAGAGGUCUGAAGAGAAUCCUAAUUAAGUGUCUGUGUUCAGCCAGUCUGUCACUGCAGGGCAAGCAGUGACUGAUAACAUGAAAAGUGGCUGUCCAGAAUUCCCCAUCUCUGCUGUUCUCCAGCCUUAUUCCCCCAGCCUUUUCCCACUUGGGAUACCGGUCAUGCUAUAAACUCUUCCUCAGGGCAAUGUUUUUGUUUUGGAAACAAAUUUGGAGGCAGUGGGCUGGGGUGAUGUGGGGAGAUAAGUGAUAUUUAAACAGAGAAGAUCCUCUAGGUAAUUACACCCUUUUACCCUGGAUGUCCACACUCUGAUCUUGCCCCUCUAAAUCGGAAACUGACCAAAAGAGUCGGGGAAAAUUACAUUCAUGAUAUAGAGAUAUUUCCCUAAACCCAAGGCCACACUUGCAUAAACUAUUCGUUCCUUAUUUCCUCCCUGGACUUUGCCCUGCUCCUCCUAGGAGUUCCCAAAGUGAGAGAAGAUGGAGAACGUACCCAAAAGAGGCCAUCCCUAAGCCUGCCUUACCCUUUGGUAUCAUGGGAAGAGAGCAGAAUACUCUAGAGAAAAGAGGACAGUCAUGAAUGCUCCUCCCACACAAUGAAAGCCCCACCACCCUGUACUUUUGGGUCUGUAGCUCCUGCCAAAACUUCACCUUUUCUUGCAAUGGAAGGAUGUGGUAGUCCUCAAGAUUUAAUAAGUUAUAUCUGGGCAAAAAACAUAUCAAAUGAUUACAAAAAUUAUUCUUGUAUCUUUUGGGUUGAAAGAAUAUCAUAUGAUUUAAGAUUAUCAACUAUAUUGAAUAAAGGAAUGUUCAUGAGAAAAUUCAAGUUGUUCAACUUACUGAAAUAGAAACAUUUGUGGGUAUUUAAGAAGCAAGGUGAUUUUAAGGUUUAAGUGGCAUUUAGCAUUAAAGUGACAGUGUCCUAGUGUUUAUAAUUAAUUAUUAUACGCCAGGUAUUUUGCCAGGCCUGGAAAAAUAAAGAUAAAUAAAAUGAGGUUUCUAUCCUCAAGGAGCUCACAGACCAGUGGAGGGAAAACACAAAGAAAUUAACAGUAACAAUACAGUGUGACAAAAAAAAUGAUAGAAAAAAGUACACAAAGCUAUGGGAGUACAUAGGAGAUGUACCUUCCCAGACUGAGGUGAUGGGGUGGUCAGGAACGGUCUCUCCAGGUUGUUCCCCGAGCUGGAUGAACAACAACAAGAAAAAGAAGGAGCAAGAUUGGCAAAGUGAGCUACAUGUGAAAAGCAAAGAGGUGGAAGGAAGCACGGUA